AUGGCUCGCCAACAGAACCGAACGUCGGUCCGCUUCAGCACGUACAGCAUGGUGGCCCCGUCGUUGACGCCCACCUUCCAGACGACCGACUCUGCGCAGGCCGAGAUCCGCGACAUCGCCCUCGGCCUGGACCGCAUGGAGAACAAGGCCCUCUCGUCCCAGCGCGUCGUCCUCAGCGACGAGAAGACGGACAACAUGAGCAAGCUGGCCCUCGGCGCCAAACUCGAGCGCGCCCUCGACCGGCGGAUGAGCAGCCAAGACGCCGUCAUGCGCCCUCGCCAGAAGAGCAUCAAGGUCAGCAUCAGCGAAAAGACGCCAAUCUCCGAGAAGGCGUAG